CCGUUUUGGUUUACGUAAGCCCAUCUGGCCCCAGGCGGCUCCGCCCCAGCCUCUCACUCACACACACACACAAGCGACGCUCGGGGUGCCCAGACUGGCCGGCUCGAUCGAUUGGCAUCAGGGGUGAAGAGAAGCCGAUGAGGCAGAGCGCCCCCGACACGAAUGUGUGGAUCGGCAAUUUGCCGCCCACGAUGGAGUUGGAGCAGUUCUGGGCCAUCCUCUCCCUCUUCUGGCGAGAUCGCGAUCGCGACGGUGUUCCCGCUGGAGGAGGGCAAGCAGGCCCGCCAGCGCGACGGUGAGGGCCAAUUCGCAGGAGGCUGCGACGCCGACGGCACCAACAGGAACGCCAAGGGCAAGGGCAGGGGCAAAGGCAAGGACUCCUGGGUCUGGGAUGCCUGGUCUUGGGGCGGCUGGGGCUACGAUCCCUACGAUUCCUGGUCGAAGGGCAUGAUGAAACGCAAGAGCAAGGGCAAGCUGUGAGCGCUGGGAGCUCUUUGGAGAAGACUGGUUCCCCGAAUCAGUGCUUACACUGAGGGAUUGAUGGUUGCUGGGGGCCUCUAGUAUGGGAACGGGGAGGGACGAGAUAGGCAGAUCGCCCAGAUCAGAUCUUGGCAGCAUGUGCGCGCAUCCAGAGAUAGAUCUGCCUUGGCAUGCUUGCACUGUUAAAUGUUGUGUCCACUCGCCUUGACAGGCUUGCACUAUUAAUCGCUUUACCCAGUCUAGUCAUGCCUGUCGCUGG